AUGCUUUUCGAUUCCACGAUGUGGCUCACUGAGCGCCAGAAGUACGGCGUGGUGUCUACCGCAGCAGGAGUGGUUUUUUUUCUUCUUGGGAUCUUGGCCUUCUUUGACUCGAGUCUUUUGGCUAUUGGCAACAUUUUGUUUGUCAUUGGAGUCGUCUUGAUCAUCGGUCCGACAAGAACCAUAUAUUUUUUUGCGAGGCCCACGAAAAUCAAACCUACGAUCUUCUUUUUUGGCGGAAUCACUCUCAUUUUGUUCAAACACUCCUUCAUUGGCUUUAUUGUGGAGGGCGUGGGCAUCCUCUCCUUAUUUGGCGACUUCUUGGGCACCAUCGUCCAGUUUUUGAGAAACAUCCCUGUGGUAGGUGCUUUAUUGAGACAUCCUCUCAUAGAACCCUACAUCAACCGUGUGGCCGGCCUAGACACCCUCCCGGUAUAG